AUGUAUGUUGAACGAGAAGGAACGGCUGAGCGGCCAGCCGCUCACCCCGCGAACGAACGUCAUGACGAUAGCGAGCGUACUGUGUCCGUGACGAAGAGCUUCACGCGAGCAGAAAACGCAAAAUUCCCAACAUAUAUACCGGCUGCGAAUCCGUUACGCUUUCCAACGUACGUCAAGGUGAGCAAGGAGCAUCUUGCUAUUGACACUCUGCUAUAUUACGAUAUUCCAUAUGAGGUCGACAGAGCCGACCCCAACUACAUCAUCAUUGUGCGCGAAAUGGAGCCCCACGAGACCGAGGUUCUAUUCCAACACACGCGCCGACUUCGUUCUCGCGGAAGAUCUCGUCUUCCCAAUAUAGAGAUAGAGAAGACUCUGAACAAUGUCCGAUCAACGAAAUCAAUUACGGCAGGGAAAUUGAAAUCCGUUAUCAUGAAAGACCUUGUACCUGUCAUCCAGUUGGAACGCCCCAACAUCUCGACACCCACAAUGAUCAUGAACGAUCGUCGACAGCGAGAAGCGAGGCGCGAGGCUGAGGAGGAUGGGAAGGCACAGGAAGAACGAAGGCGUUCUCGCGGAAGCUCUCGUGCCCUCUCCACAGAGCGUACCGUGACAGAGAAGAUCCUCGAGAAACUGCGCCUAUCCAGAUUGGAGGCAGCAGGAGAAUUGCAAUUCGUUGCAGCAGAUUCCCUCUCCAAUCUCAAGUCCACCAACUCUCUGAUCGGGGAGGCACGACUAGCUAGGCAAUCCUCUAAUCCAGAUUGCCAUCCAAUCUCCUCCAAAGACUCGUAUGACAGCAUUGAGAUGGAUCAGUGUGGGUCUAAGUACAAUCGUGAACUUCCUAGUCGACCACUCUUUGAACGUAGCCGUUCGGCACUUCCAGCACCCAUACCCAACCUGCGAAGACGAUCGCCGGAACUAGGCCUUCGAGGCCUUCAAAGAAGAAAUGAGUCGAUCGAGCUGGGCAAGAACGACCAGCAAACUGCUCGAGCAGCUCUCGCAUAUCAGCUCUCGCAUGCGAGCGCAGCUGUGGUGCAAACAUCUACGCAAGAGGGAGAUCCUCCUCUAAGCAUGCACGUGGAACAAACCGACCUCCACAAAGGCCGCCAACAAACGUCUACAUCACCUGACAAAGAGAAACAGUCGUCUUCUUUCAGCAAGUUCAUCGGUGGCAAGUUAGAGAAGACCAAGUGCUCAGUCACAGAGAAGUACAAUCAGCGUGGCAUUGGCGCUCUACUCGAGAACCCUGAAGAACACGAGUCUGGACAUACGAGAGGAAAGCUUUUGAAGCUUCCCAAAUACACAGAUUCUAAGAUCGACUUCGACACAGCCUCCGAUGUUCCAGAAGAGCAACGAUUAGCUCUUAGUUUCCACAAUAAGGGUAACCUCUCAAAGAGCGAGGACGAAUACGCCAUAGAGGAAGAUGGUAACUAUGCCCUUGAUGCCUCGCGCACCGUGCACACUGAGCCAACAAAAUCCAGCUGA